AUGUCCUCUCAUCUCACCCCUUCUUCUCCUCAGUCCACGACCACCACCCCUUCCCCGCGCCGCCCAAUUACCGGCGAUGACAAACUCGCUCCGCCGUUAAAACCAGAGCUCCCAUCCGGCCCAACGCCGGCGACUAAAUCCGCGGCUUUCUCGAGCCGCGAGGACUGCUGGUCCGAGGAGGCAACUCGAACUCUGAUUGAUGCCUGGGGAUCUCGCUACCUUCAACUCAACCGGGGAAACCUCCGGCAGAAUCACUGGCGGGAGGUCGCCGACGCCGUCAACAGGCUCCACGCCUCGUCCGUCAAGCUCCGACGCACCGACGUCCAGUGCAAGAACCGCAUCGACACCACGAAGAAGAAGUACAAGAUCGAGAAGUCGAGGGUUGUCCAAUCGAAGGGCCGGUACGUCUCUUCGUGGGCCCACUACGAGAGCCUCGACUCCCUCAUCGGAGAUUCCGUCUCCAGUAACAAAGGCAUCAGCAGCGCCAACGGACACACCAGAGCCCUUCGCCGGCGAGUUUCCUCGUCUCCGGAACCCUCGCCGUCCCCGACGCCUCCGCCAUCGGAGGCGGAGAUCCACCGCCGGAAGACUACUCCGGCUAUUCAUAUACCGGAGAAAGAUCCGGCCAUGAGCCCUUGGCUGAAGCUACCAUAUUCUGUGCCGGUGGGACCCAGAUCAAAGCGUGCAGGGUCGGGAAGCAUUACUGAGAGGAAUUUCUCGGUGAUGGCAGCAGCUGCGGCAGCGAUGGAGGCUGAACAGGAUGAUGAUGAGGAAGACAAUGAUGAGUAUGAGGAUGAAACAUGGGGCCGUUACCUGGAGACCAGAGGAAGGAAAAGGAAGAAGCCCGUGAAAAAGGAGGAGUCAAUUGUGGGAGAAGGGUAUUGGAAAUUGGCAGAAGCAAUUGGAAGGUUAGCACACACAUAUCAAAAGGUCGAGGAGGCAAAGCAGGAGCAGAUGGUGGAGCUGGAGAAACAAAGAAUGCAGUUUGCAAAGGAUUUGGAGAUUCAAAGAAUGAAGGUCUUCAUGGAGUCACAGGUCCAGCUUGAGAAGCUGAAUCGUGCGAAACGUAGCCCAGAAAAUAGUACGUCGUGA